AUGAGACGAUGGACAGAAGACUCGGAUAGUGACUGGGAUGCAGUGGGGGAUGAAAACCCGCUCUUGCCGUCGGGCGGCCUUUGCGGGGGCCGCAGUACUGGCCUUGGAGCCACCGCACCGGGAAGGACAUCAACGCCAAAGGCACACCCACCAUCACCGCGGGCGACCACCACCACCACAGUGCUACCAUUAGAAAGUUGCCGUAUUGGUGCCUCCAUGCCGCGAGAGGAAGGCGGCAUCUCUGCAGCCUUCAACUCUUCUGAGAGUAAGCCAGAAAAGAUGUGUGUUGCGAUGGAGUGUGGUGAUGUGUAUUCUGGAGAGGUAAAGAUGGACCGAGGAACAAUGGUUCCGCACGGCCAUGGAACACUUGAGUCGCCAUCAGGCAAGCACUGCUACGUUGGAGGAUUUGUCAGUCGUCGACGUGACGGGGAUGGAAAGUUAACGACAGAGCGCUACGUGCUUUGGUCCAAAUGGAAGAUGAACCGUCCAGAUUUGACGAGCCCCGCUCGCAUUGACUACCUCGACGGCAGCAAAUACGGUGGCUACUUUGCGUUCCGGCAGAAUAACGCGGCGGCGUUGCAUUCUUUUCGGGGCUCAAAAACACGCCUGUCAAACUUCUCGACUUGGGUGCAAACGAACACGCCGGUGCGCGAGCGAUGGGGAGAGUUUGUUGGAGUCAACGGCGACCGUUACUUUGGCCAGUGGGAGAACGAUUUGCCGUCGGGGUUUGGUUGUCUGGUGACGUCUGGCGGUGAUCGCUAUGUGGGCCUAUUUGAGGAAGGUAAAUUUCACGACACGGGGACACUAUUUUCUCUCUCCUACGGGGGACAAAAUGCCUGCAGCUCCCUCCUGGACGGGGCGAAUUUUGUACUCUCGCGCGAGUCGUAUUUGAGGCAGGCUACUGAUGUGGGGGCGGACACUGACACGGACGACGAUGAGGACGAUGCCACGUUAGAUGCAACGAUGGCAAUGAAAGGCCAUGAGAAAGAAAGGUGGGGCGGUGUCAUUUUUGAUGGUGGGUGGGAACGGGGUCGUUUUGUGGGUGAGGGGUACGUGACGCUUCCGUGCGGAUCAAGGAUUCUUGCUGCAUGGAAGAGUUCGACGUAUCCCACGAACGGUCGUGUGUUUCUUGGCUCUUUCUACAACCGUACCCAGGCUGGCAUGAAUGCGCGGGGUUGGUUUCAAUGUUUUCAUUGGGAACCGCUGCUCUGUGGCACCUCUGAGGAGUUACGGGCAGAGGAGUACGAUUCCUGCGCUCCAUAUCGUGAGCGACUUCAUGGGGCAACGACACAGGAAGAGGUGCAGGCAGUACUUGCAGAUUUUUGUGGCAGUCAGGGGGCCGUGCGAAACGCAUUGAAGCUAUUCCGCCGUUGUUUUUAUUUUUUUUAUGGGACCUGCGGGAAAGGCAGCGAAAUCAGCGCCGGGUUGGGUUCGAAUAGACUUGGCUGGUGUUAUCUACGCAACACCUACGGGGGCUGCAUUCACCGACGAAAGGGACGCCCCAUAGUAGUGGGCGACGUGGACUUGGCAAUGACUGACAUUAUUUCCUUUGUCGGCUCUGUCGAACGCUGGGUGGUGGCGAUGCUGGGUGAUGCCGCUGUGGCUGACAGUAGUUCUGAGAUGUUUGUUGCGCGUAGGGUCUUGGAUUACGUUCUUCGGGACACCCACGACGUCCUCCUGAACCUCUACCUGCAUGCCUUCAAGGAGGAGGACGUUUCGCUGUCGGCCGCACUCGAGCGGCUGCGGGAGCGCACCACACAGGACGACAUGGGCGUUGUUUUCGCCCGCCAGCAGAGUGAGGAGCAGCUCUUUGACCCAUACGCGGACGCCAUUCAUGGCAUUGAACAGCUGGAGCGGAACACGCACACAUUCACUGGAAAGCUGCGAGUUUUGGCGCGGUGGUCGAGGGAGAUCGAUCUCGCCGCACGACUGGCACAAGUGACCCUUGACGACAAAUCGUUUUUGCUUCUCCCGCGGGGCCACAUGCAUCUCGAAUCAGGCUCCGCAGAUGAUCUUCUUCCCAUUUACCAGUACGUUUUGAUCAAGGCGCGGCUGCGUCACUUGUACGUCCACACCAAACUGCUGGUUGAUUUGAGCAGUGAGGACAUGUUUAUGGAGUUCGCGUCUCCGGAGAAUUUUUUUGUCACCACCCUGCACGCGUGCACCACAAUGUUGGCGAGGCUGCAUCCUCUGCUGCGUGACAAGGGGCAAAUUUUGGUGCCCUCUUCUUUCUUCGAGUAUCAACUCCGCUCAGCGGUUCGUUCCAUCCAUCGCAUGGCUGCUUCCUUCGUGGAUGUCUUCGUAUCGCAUACGGGGGAGGUGUGUGCCACGCAGGACGCGGAUGAGUUGCGUGACAUUGCCGUGGGGUACCUCAAGGCAUGGCUUCCCGUGGCGUUGGAUGCUCUCUCGACAUGGAGGUGCGCGCACACGGAGAGUACCGGCCAUACGAUUUCAGUUUUGAGGUUGCUGCAGAGUACUACGGCAGGGAAACUGUCACACCUACGCGACAGUCAGUGCCCGCGCAGUGUGGCACUUUUUUGCUGGCACACCGCAGCGCACAUUGUGUCCGUACUCAAAUUGCGUCUCUGCAUUGUAGCGGCGAACCAAACCAGUGACCCUGUCGGUGUGUUGUUGGUGGAGUCGGACACCGCGCUAUUUCUGGAGCGGUACUACCACCUUUACAAUCAGCGGAAGAAGACUAGCGGGACGGAUGCCGACGAUGCUGUUGUGUUGCUUAUGCAGGAACCGAUACGCCCCUCUUUUUUACACUUUGCCGCUUCUGUGUUGUUGGAUGCGUUGUGA